AUUGAUUUAAAAAAAUUUUGUGGUAAACCUCCAAAUAAUAUUAAUAAACCCAUAGGUAAAAUCAGCCUUUGCAUAUUUGACCAAUAAGAGGAGGCCACUGAGGCAGUAACGUUGGGAUUCAAGUGUCCUGUUAGAAAGCAAGGAGAGAUCUGCAAAAGAGAGAAUUGAUUAGGAUUGGUAGUUGGAGUUUAAUCGAAGCAAAGGGGCGAUUGAUUGCCAAAUCUGGGCUUUUGAAAAUGCCGUCUCAACGCCCACUCUUUCUCAUUUGCAUUCUCUCACUUUUAAUUCUUGUUCACUCCAAAACUCUCAAGAGAGAUGUUAAAGCUUUAAAUGAGAUUAAAGCGUCGCUUGGAUGGAGAGUGGUAUACGCUUGGGUUGGAGAUGAUCCCUGCGGCGACGGUGAUCUGCCGCCGUGGUCUGGUGUCACUUGCUCCACUCAGGGAGAUUACAGGGUUGUCACUGAAUUGGAAGUUUAUGCUGUAUCAAUUGUUGGGCCUUUCCCAAUUGCUGUUACCAAUUUGUUGGACUUAACAAGACUGGAUCUCCACAACAACAAACUUACAGGGCCAAUUCCUCCUCAAAUUGGACGGCUGAAACGUCUGAGAAUACUAAAUUUGAGGUGGAAUAAACUACAAGAUGCCAUUCCUCCAGAGAUUGGUGAACUAAAAAGACUAACUCAUCUGUCCCUGAGCUUCAAUAAUUUUAAGGGUGAAAUUCCAAAGGAGCUUGCUAAUUUACCCGAGCUUCGCUACCUAUACCUCCAAGAAAACCGUUUUAUUGGGCGUAUUCCACCAGAAUUGGGGACCUUGCAGAACCUUCGGCAUUUGGAUGUGGGUAACAAUCAUUUAGUGGGUACAAUUCGGGAACUCAUCCGAUUUGAUGGAAGCUUUCCAGUUUUGCGCAACCUCUACUUGAAUAAUAACUAUUUAACUGGAGGAGUUCCUGCACAGCUAGCAAACUUGACUAAUCUGGAAAUCUUGUAUUUAUCCUACAACAAAAUGUCUGGAGUAAUACCGGCAGCAAUUGCCCACAUUCCUAAAUUAACAUACUUGUACUUGGAUCAUAACCAAUUUUCAGGAAGGAUUCCAAGUAUAUUCUAUAAGCAUCCUUUCUUGAAAGAAAUGUACAUUGAAGGGAAUUCUUUCAGGCCAGGUGUAAAUCCCAUAGGUUUGCACAAGGUUCUUGAACUGGCUGACUCAGAUUUUCUAGUUUAGUCAAAAUUCCGAACCAUCUGUCUUGAUUACGUGCUAAAGUUGUAUUGAUCCUCUUUCGUCUUCAGAGUAUGUGGAGAGUGAGCUACAUUCUAUUUAUAUGUUCUUGUCUAGGCAAGUAGGUGUCCUGAUUUAGCACAUAUUAUGCAAUUUAAAAUUCACGAGUUGCUUUUUUAUAUAUAUAUGUUUGUAUCAAAGAUGACAUCUUGUAAGUGGAGAUGCAUUUUUCGAAUAGUACACACAAAAGUUUAAUUUCAAAACAUCAAUAUGAUUAUAGUAAAUUUGAACAUUAA